AGGACCUCGACCCAGUGUCUCGACUCCCGGUCUCUCAUUUUGCUCUGGAUUCUGUUCUGUUAAAUUUAGUGCUUUUUUAUUGCAUUAUGGCCUCUGUCUGAAGAGCAGCUCCGUUUCGUGUAGAAAGUGUGCAGUUUCUUUAUUCACUUUUAAUACCCGUAUCCUCGAAUAUACAUUCAAAGAAGUGAAGGGAUUCGGCGUGUGAUGUUACCUCGUUGCUUCUUUCAAAGCUAAGGUCUGGACGAUCAUAAACAAAAUUAUAGAAACUGCAUACUUGAACGCUCUACGGCAAAUCCGGACUCGAUUUUGACAAGCGUUGGGAAAUUAGACCAGUUACGGGAAAAAUAUGAACGAAACGGAGGUCAUGGGGAAGACGACGCACCAACUACUUUUUCCGGACGACCUAGACCAGGAAUUGGACGAAACCUUGCUCUCAGACUCGGUCCUCGGCUCCUGGAGCGACUACCGGUGGGGCGAGAAAAACUUCGAGGAGGACACUUUCCAGAUCCCACUCCUGGAGACAGACACGAGUUUAGUUUUCAACACCAUCAUCCUCGACGAUAGUUUCCUUUCCGGCCGCUGUGAGGAAAAAUCCGCGAGGAAAACCCCCGCGGAGACCGACAAAGGGUUCACGUGCGGGUUCGGGGGAUGCUCCAAGGUGUACGCAAAGUCAUCGCAUCUCAAGGCGCACCUCCGCCGACACACGGGGGAGCGCCCGUUCAGAUGCACGUGGUCCGGGUGUAGUUGGCGCUUUUCCCGCUCGGACGAGCUGGCGCGCCACCGUCGCUCGCACUCCGGACUCAAACCCUACGGUUGCGUGCUCUGUGCCAAGCGUUUCGCCCGGUCGGAUCACCUUUCGAAACACCUCAAAGUUCACAGCAGGCGGCUCAGCCGUGCGGCGAGUGCGGCAGUAGCGUCCGAGUGAACCGAAUCGCACAGCGGGCUGAUUAUUGCAAUUGAUAGACAAAUCCAUACAUAGAGAAAACAGAGGGAAAAUAAAGGGAUCCUAUCGGUGGAAACGGGUGGUUUUUAUAGAUGUAGGGGGAAAUGAUGGACAAACUAGAUGGUCUAUAUACAGUAGACAUAGUCGUUAGUUCGUCUUCGAGUUUGUCCAUUGCAACCACUUCUUCCACCAACAAGAUCGCUCCAUUUUCUAUUUGUCUAUCGAUUUCAAUAAUCAGCCCGCAGGGACGUCAUCCAAACGAACUUGAAGGGAGGGGGAGUAGGGGGGUCAUUUACUGGGGAAAAUUUGCCAGGAAAGGAAAAAUAGAGGGUUAGGGUAGUACGGUUGUUAAAAAAAACCACUCCAAGAAAUUGACUCGAAUACUGUUAACGCGUACAUAUGCUGUAGUAAUCUCGGUAACAGUGCAAAAGUGUCAAAUUAAGUUCCUGUGAGCUACAUAGCGAUGUUGAAUUUUUACGAAGGAACUCCUUGUUUCACUUUUUUGGUGUGCAAAAUAUUACUGCAGUGAAGAAACUCGUGUCAUUGAAAUUUUCAUUCUGACUGAUAAUAUAUUUCUCAAUAAAUGGAAACGGAACCCAGAA